AUGACAACAACGGUGACCCCGACGCAUUACUCCUCCAUCCCUACCCUCGACUACACAAAAUCUCAACGUCCUGGACCCGAAAGAGAUGCGUUUCUUGCAAGCCUCCGGGACAUACUCAUCAACAUCGGUUUCCUCUACCUUUCUAACCACUCCGUAUCGACGGACACAGUCAACAAAGUAAUCGCUUACGCACCCAAGUUCUUCGAACUGCCUCAGGAAAUCAAAGAUAGCGUCGAUUUUACCUGCAGCCCAGCUUUCCUUGGGUACUUCAAUGUGGGUGGACAGAGAGUCGUACAUGCGAGGUCUGGGACAGAAGGACCAUCACCGAUCUCUGAAACAAGGGAACAAUUUACGUUUGCGGCGGAUAGAGAUUCCAUGCUGGCGGAUGGGUGUCCAGAGUGGACGAAGCAGGAUGGACCGGGAUUGUGGCCUCCCGAAGAAGUACUACCAGGCUUCAAGGCUGCCUUAGUGGACUAUUACGAACAAGUCGAAAGCUUAUCUUAUGACUUUGCCUCCUUGAUCGCCGAGUCAUUAGGCUUAGAUCCAGCUGCCUUUGAGCAGUGGUUCGACAAGGACCGUAUGAAGAUGCAACCUCGUGUGAAGCUCAUGCGAUACCCUCCUCCUACUGACCCUUCUAAUCCCAAGGAAACGGGUAUAGACUCACAUGAGGAUCGUGGUUUUCUGACAUUUUUAUUGCAAGCCUCAAAUGUUGCAGGACUGGAGGUCAGGAAUAUAUCCGGGGAAUGGCUCGCCUGUCCCCCUGUCGAUGGAACUUUUGUGGUAAACUUAGGAAGAGCCCUCGAGAAAGUAACUCGCGGUGUAUGUAUGGCAACUUCUCACCGUGUUUUAUCGCCUCCGGGUCCCGAAGUCCGCUACUCUGUACCAUUCUUCUCAAAUGUAUCCAUGUAUGUGCGCCUCGCAGAUGCCGAUCCUCAAUUCCCGCAAGAGGUGUGGGAGAUGUAUAAAGCCCGGCAACGGAAGCUGGACCGACCAGUAAACUGGGUGUAUUCGAACAUGGAUAAGCAACUCGCGGGCUUGACGAGGUUGACCUACAAGGUUAAGAACCAUCCUGAGAUGGGGAUGAAGUACCAUCCUGUAUUCUUCCGGGAGGUCUUUCCGAACGGUCCUCCGACGAAAUCUUCCAAGGUCAACAGUUUGGCGGCGUGA